CGAACUUAAACUGCUUCAAAUAUCCCCCUAAACCGCGCAGACUUGCACAAUGAAUAGCGUUUUUAGGUCGACAGCGCGGUGUCUUCGCUCGGCGACAUGGCAGUACAAAACCGCGCAUAAGAACGGGGAGCUGUCGGUCGGCAGGGCCCGUCUCAUGUGCUCCUCAGCGGGACAGAAGAACCUGGAGGAGAUGGUGAAGAAGGACAAGGUGGUCGUGUUCAUGAAAGGCACUCCGGCUCAGCCCAUGUGCGGCUUCAGCAACGCCGUCGUUCAGAUCCUCAGGAUGCACGGAGUCGAUAAUUACGCUUCUUAUAACGUGUUGGAUGACCAGGAUGUCAGACAAGGAAUAAAGACUUUCUCCAACUGGCCGACGAUCCCACAGGUGUUCUUCAAUGGCGAGUUUGUCGGCGGCUGUGAUAUUCUACUUCAGAUGCAUCAGAGUGGAGACCUGGUGGAGGAACUGCAGAAGCUGGGAAUUAGAUCAGCUCUUCUAGAUCAAGAAAAGGAGUCAAAGUAAGGAGUCUAGUCUUUGGGAUGAUGGUCCAUUGAUAUAAACCCUCCAAAGCUUGAUUUGACCUGCUGAAGUCCAGAGUCUCCUCAGAAGACUGAAGGAAGUGAUGGCAAAUCCUGACAACAAAAAUCACUGUAAAACACUUGAUAGAAAAUACACAUGAUGAUUACAUUUCUAUUGCAGUAUAUUUGUCUUUAUUUCAGAUACUCUAAUGUUAGACCACUGCAUAUGUAAAAUGUUGUAUUUUGAAAGAUAUUAUUAAAUGUAUUUUAGAUGUAUAUCACUCUUUUUGUCAAUAAAAUAUUUUAAAGCAUU